GGUUGGGAUGAGUACGGAGUGGUGGCCAUUGGUUGGGAUGAGUGCGGAGUGGUGGCCAUUGGUUGGGAUGAGUACGGAGUGGUGGCCAUUGGUUGGGAUGAGUACGGAGUGGUGGCCAUUGGUUGGGAUGAGUACGGAGUGGUGGCCAUUGGUUGGGAUGAGUGCGGAGUGGUGGCCAUUGGUUGGGAUGAGUACGGAGUGGUGGCCAUUGGUUGGGAUGAGUGCGGAGCGGUGGCCAUUGGUUGGGAUGAGUACGGAGUAGAGGCCAUUGGUUGGGAUGAGUACGGAGUAGUGGCCAUUGGUUGGGAUGAGUACAGAGUAGUGGUCAUUGGUUGGGAUGAGUACGGAGUGGUGGCCAUUGGUUGGGAUGAGUACGGAGUGUGGUGGCCAUUGGUUGGGAUGAGUACGGAGUGGUGGCCAUUGGUUGGGAUGAGUACGGAGUGGUGGCCAUUGGUUGGGAUGAGUACGGAGUGGUGGCCAUUGGUUGGGAUGAGUACGGAGUGGUGGCCAUUGGUUGGGAUGAGUACGGAGUAGUGGCCAUUGGUUGGGAUGAGUACGGAGUAGUGGCCAUUGGUUGGGAUGAGUACGGAGUAGUGGCCAGUGGUUGGGAUGAGUACGGA